AUGAAGCUCUUCUCCGUCUUGACUACGGCGCUCCUGACCCUGGGGGUCGACGCAACGCCUGUUCCAGAAGGAGGCGCAUCAUUCCGCGAGGGGGUUCUCGCAGACAGGUUUUCUCAGCGAGUAACCGAUGCAAGUGCCGGCGCUGCAGCAGAAAUGGGUGGCCUGGUCAAGAGAACAGAGCUUACUUGCGAAAUCGUCAACGUUGUAACUACUGUCGAUUGCCACUACUGGCCAACCCACGCAGAUGUAUCGGAAGGCUAUCCCGAAGUGAAGAAUCAUGUUGUGACCUCGUUCGGACCUUCAACUAAGCACGAUUUCUCUUGCUACCUGCCUGGUGAGAACGUUGGAGGGAUCACGUAA